AUGACGGACUUCAAGCCGUUCACUGCCUACAUCGUUGAUGCUUGCAGGACCGCCGGGGGCAAGAGGAAUGGACGCCUGUCAGGCUAUCAUCCUGCAGAGCUUGGUGCAGCUGUUUGUGAUGCACUGAUCGAGCGAACCAAAGUCAAGGCGGAGGAGGUGGAAGAUGUCAUCUUUGGUUGUGUCAGCCAGGUGGGUGCGCAGUCUGGAAACAUCGGCCGGGGUGUUGUUCUUUCUUCCCGGCACCUCCCUGAGAGUGUACCUGGCACGGCUGUAGACAGGCAAUGCGGUUCCUCACAGCAGGCCAUCCAUGCCGCAGCUCAAGCAGUGAUGAGCGGAGUGCAUGAUUGCUGUAUUGCUGGCGGGGUGGAGGUUAUGUCUCAGGUGCCCAUUGGAGCAUCCAUCAUUGAUGGGCUGAAGGCCGGUCAUGGAAAUCCCAUGAACGAUGCCACCAUGCAGAAGUAUGCAGAGAAGAUGAAGGCCUUUGAACAGUUCAACAUGUCCUCGCAGGCCUUCUCUCAGUUCGGAGGUGCGGAGCUGCUGGCUCAGAAGUAUGGAAUCACCCGCGAGGAUGUGGACAAGUUUGCCGCUGUCUCACAGCAGAGAGCUGUGGCAUCUACGCAGGCAGGCAAGUUCACAGACGAGAUCGUUCCUCUGCAAGUCAAGCGCAAAGAGGGCCAAUCCGAGGGCAUUCACACACAGGAUGAGGGCAUCAGGGAAGGCGUGACAGUGGAGAGCGUGGGCAAGCUGAAGGCGAUGUUUCCGAAUGGCGUCCUUACACCUGCUUCUUCAUCGCAGAUUUGUGAUGGUGCUGCUGCUGUGCUGAUUUGCAAUGAGCGUGGUUUGGCGAAGCUGGGCGUGCAGCCAAUUGCAAGGAUACACUCGCUGGCACUUGCUGCAGCCGAUCCCGUGAUAAUGUUGGAAGCGCCAAUUCCCGCCUCGCAGAAGGCUUUGCAGAAGGCCAACAUGACGAUCAAGGACGUGGACAUCUACGAGGUCAACGAAGCGUUUGCAUCCGUCCCUUUGGCAUGGUGCAAGGCAAUGGGUGCGGACUUUCAGAAACUAAAUGUGAACGGAGGAGCCAUGGCCCUUGGUCAUCCGCUCGGAGGGACAGGUGCCAAGCUCAUGACCACCCUAGUGCACGAGCUGCGAAGACGGAAGGGUCGAUUCGGCUUGCUCGCCAUUUGCGAAGGAGGCGGAACAGCUAAUGCAACUAUUAUCGAGCUCAUGCCAACAUCGAAGCUUUAG